AUGGCCGACAAGCCCAAACCCGCUGCAAAGCAGGCGUCGCCCCUCAAAGAUGCAUACCUCAUCCUCUACAACUUCGCAUCCGCAGUCGCCUGGAGCGUGGUGCUCGGCCGCACCCUGGCCGUGCUGUACCUGCGCGGCCCGGCAGCUGUCUACGCCGUCGUGGGCGAGUGGACGAAAUGGACGCAGACCGCAGCCGUCAUGGAGAUUCUGCACUCCCUGCUAGGCGUCGUCCGAGCCCCCGUGUCCACAACCGUAAUGCAAGUCUUCUCGCGUCUCCUGCUCGUCUGGCCCGUCGUAAACACGUGGCCAUUCCUCGCCCUCUCGCCCUUCUACUCCUCCAUGCUGGUCGCCUGGUCCGUCACCGAGGUCGUCCGCUACAGCUACUUUGCGCUGUCGCUCGCCGGCGCGCUGCCCUCGUUCCUGACCUGGUUGCGGUACAGCAUGUUUUACAUUCUGUACCCCAUGGGCAUCACGAGCGAGUGUAUGCUAGUUUAUGCGGCCACCGGCCCCGCGGCGGAGAGGAGUAGCUUUGCGCCGUGGGCUCUCUAUGCCAUUUUGGCUAUUUACGUUCCUGGGUCUUAUGUUCUGUUCACGCAUAUGAUGAAGCAGAGGAGCAAGGUUCUGCGUUCGUCCAAGACCAAAAAGGGUGACAAGGCGCAGUAA